AUUUAACCAGUUCGACAACCGUUACGCGCAGAACAGCAAAAGUCUGGAUGCAAACUUCUAAAAUGUUUGUGUUCACAUUUCGUUUACAUUCUAUAAAUUGUAUAUAGUUCUUUUUGAUUUUUUUGCUGCUUGAAGCAGUGGUAUGUUGGAAAACCUUUGAUAGGCUAAUUUAUUAACCAUUUACCGAAGUACGCGUAGCUUGCCCCGGCAGUCUCGUGCAACUUCCUUCACUACAGGCGAAGGCUCAUUUAACCCGGGCGAGGCUGUCUCCUCCCAGCGCGUGAAUGAAGUGCCGAAUCUUGAGCGUCUGUUCGAGGCUCAGGAAGGAGUUGGACACAUGAAUUGAAACGAUAUACUGCAGACGCUAAUCGAAGGCUGCGGUCCUCUCUCGGUGACGCCAUCGUUUUUUUCUCCCCCAGCGCGGCACCUAGGCUACUAAACAUGCUUUUCCGUUUCGGAGGUCGACUUUUCUGAACUUGAGGGAGGAACCCGAAGCGCAGGAAAUAUCGAAGACACGCUGCAACGAUUCUGUGCGGUCAGCUUUGCCAAGCUGCAUACUUCACCCAGAGUUUAUGUGUCUCUCUAGCCUGGGAGUCAAACUGGAGAAAAUCUGACAAAACAUGUCUGAUCACAGAUCCAGUUUUCUUCACAUCGGUGACAUAGUUUCCCUCUAUGCGGAAGGAACGGUGAAUGGCUUCAUUAGCACUUUGGGGUUGGUGGACGACCGCUGCGUGGUGCAGCCGGACGCCGGGGACCUGGCCAACCCUCCCAAAAAGUUCAGAGACUGCCUGUUCAAGGUCUGCCCUAUGAACAGAUACUCUGCACAGAAGCAGUUCUGGAAGGCUAAGCAAGGAAAACAGGGCAACAACACCGAGGAAGACCUGCUGAAGAAGCUACAGCAUGCAGCAAAACUGGAGCAGAAGCAGAAUGAUACAGAGAACAAGAAACUGCUGGGAGAAGUGGUCAAAUACAGCAACGUCAUUCAGUUGCUUCACAUCAAGAGCAACAAGUUCCUGACGGUGAACAAGCGGCUCCCGGCGCUGCUGGAGAAGAACGCCAUGCGCGUGUCCCUGGACGCGGCCGGGAACGAGGGCUCCUGGUUCUACAUCCAGCCCUUCUGGAAGCUGCGCAGCGAGGGGGACAAUGUGGUGGUCGGGGACAAGGUGGUGCUGAUGCCUGUGAACGCCGGGCAGCCGCUCCACGCCAGCAACAUCGAGCUGCUGGACAACGCCGGAUGCAAGGAGGUCAAUGCGGUGAACUGCAACACCAGCUGGAAAGUCGCUCUCUUCAUGAAGUUCAGUGACUACAAGGAGGACAUCUUAAAGGGGGGCGAUGUGGUCCGGUUGUUCCACGCCGAGCAGGAGAAGUUCCUGACCUGCGACGAGUACAAGCAGCAGCAGCACAUCUUCCUCCGGACCACCCUGCGCCAGUCCGCCACCUCCGCCACCAGCUCCAAAGCACUCUGGGAAAUAGAGGUGGUGCACUAUGACCCCUGUAGGGGAGGGGCCGGCCAGUGGAACAGCCUCUUCCGCUUCAAGCACCUCGCCACAGGGAACUACCUGGCAGCUGAGGUGAACCCAGACUUCCGAGCUGAAGGCAGUGGGGACACAAAAGUUGGAGAGACGGCCCCCCCCGCCCAGGCAGACGGAGGCUCGGUGGCCCCCAAGAAGAAGCGGCAGGCCCCGGAGAAGAUCGCCUACACCUUGGUCUCCGUUCCCCACGGCAGCGACAUCGCGUCCCUGUUCGAGCUGGACGCCACCACCCUGCAGAGGGCCGACUGCCUGGUGCCCAGGAACUCCUACGUGCGACUGCGCCACCUCUGCACCAACACCUGGGUGACCAGCACCAACAUCCCCAUCGAUGCCGAGGAGGAGAGGCCCGUCAUGCUCAAGAUCGGGACGUGUCCCACCAAGGAGGACAAGGAGGCUUUCGCCAUCGUCUCCGUGCCGCUGUCGGAGGUGCGGGACCUGGACUUCGCCAACGACGCCAACAAGGUGCUGGAGUCCACCGUGCGGAAGCUGCAGAACGGCAACAUCGCUCAGAACGAGCGCAGAUUCGUCACCAAGCUCCUGGAGGACCUGAUCUUCUUCGUGUCGGACGUCCCGAACAACGGGCAGGAGGUCCUGUCCGUGGUCAUCAGCAAACCCAACCGGGAGAGGCAGAAGCUCAUGCGGGAGCAGAACAUUCUGGCCCAGAUUUUUGGGAUCCUGAAAGCCCCGUUCACCGACCUGGGCGAGGGUCCCAUGCUGAAGCUGGAGGAUUUGGGGGACCAGCGCUACGCCCCCUUCAAGUACCUGCUCCGGCUGUGCUACAGAGUCCUGCGCCACUCCCAGCAGGACUACAGGAAGAACCAGGAGUACAUCGCCAAGAAGUUCUCCAUCAUGCAGUCCCAGAUCGGGUACGAGAUCCUGGCGGAGGACACCAUCACCGCGCUGCUGCACAACAACCGGAAGCUUCUGGAGAAGCACAUCACCGCCCGGGAGAUCGAGACCUUCAUCAGCCUGCUGCGCCGCAACCGCGAGCCCAGGUUCCUGGACUAUCUGUCAGACCUGUGCGUGUCCAAUCUGACGGCCAUCCCCAUUACCCAGGAGCUCAUCUGCAAGUUCAUGCUGAACCCCAUCAACGCGGACAUCCUCAUCCAGACCAAGCUGAUUCCCCUCACAGAGAACGCUCUGGAAACGUCGCUGCUGCACGACGAAGCGGAGGAGGAAGAGGUGUGGCUUUACUGGAUCGACAGCAACAAGGAGCCCCACGGGAAGUCCAUCCGCCACCUGGCCCAGGACGCCAAGGGCAACCACAAGCUGGACGUGGACAUAAUCACCUACUACAGGUACCAGCUGAACCUGUUUGCACGGAUGUGCCUGGACCGGCAGUACCUGGCCAUAAACCAGGUGUCGGGCCAGCUGCCCGUGGAGCUGAUCCUGCGCUGCAUGUUCGACGACUGCCUGCCGUACAACCUGCGCGCCUCCUUCUGCCGCCUCAUGCUGCACAUGCACGUGGACCGCGACCCCCAGGAGGCCGUGGUGCCCUGCCGCUACGCCCGCCUGUGGACCGAGAUCCCGUCCAAAAUCUCCAUCCACGAGUACCACUACGAGUGCACGGACUCCACGCGCGACACCAUGAAAGAUAAGUUUGCCCCCACGAUGGAGUUUGUGGAAGAGUACCUCAAAGACGUCGUCAGUCAGCCUUUCCCCUUCGGAGACAAGGACAAGAACGAGCUCACCCUGGAGGUGGUUCGCUUGGCGCGUAACCUGGUCUACUUUGGGUUCUACAGCUUCAGCGAGCUGCUGCGGCUCACGCGCACCCUGCUGGCCAUCCUGGACAUCGUGCAGCACAUGCCCAACUUCAUGGACAAGAUCAGCAAGGGCCCCGAGUCGGGGAACAACGUGAUGCGCACCAUCCACGGCGUGGGGGAGAUGAUGAGCCAGAUGGUGCUGAGCCGGGGCUCGGUGCUGCCCCACCUCCUGCCCGAGGGCCAGCCGACCCCGCGCCACGCCAAGGCCCCCGGCCCCCCCGACUGCGAGGACGUCACCGUCAUGAACACCAAGCUCAAGAUCAUCGAGAUCCUGCAGUUCAUUCACAGCGUGAGGCUGGACUACAGGAUCACCUACCUGCUGUCCAUCUACAAGAAGGAGUUUGGAGACAGCACCCUCUCUGACAGCUCGCUGUCCGUCAAUGACAUUUCGGGGCAGUCAGCUCCCGAUCCUGAUAUAGAUUUGAUUGCAGCCCAAGCUGAGACCAUGUUCGCUGGAAGACCUUCUACAGCAGGUUGGCUGUACCAGACACCAACGUUACACAAGGGGGGUCCUCCAGGACCGAGUUUGAGGGAGCAGUCCUCCGACGGAGGCCAGGUUGGCGCGAUGAGCGUAGCGCUGUGGCCUGAUGCCGCUGCGUCUCGCCCGCCGCAGGUCCAGCUGCUGGUGUCGGAGCAGGACGUGGAGAACUACAAGCAGAUCAAGACCGACCUGGACCAGCUGCGGCUGACGGUGGAGAAGUCGGAGCUCUGGGUGGAGAAGAGCGGCGGCUACGGCAGCGUGGAGCUGGGGGACAGCCAGGGCAAGGAGCAGAACGCCGAGGAAACCGGGAUCCUGAGUCCAGUGCAGGACGGGAACAUCAAGCCUCAGAUCGACAGCGACAAAGCGAACAACUACAACAUCGUCAAGGAGAUCCUGCUGCGGCUCAGCAAGCUGUGCUAUCCCAGUAAGAAGAGCCGGGUGCAGCAGCAGAGGCUCCUGAAGAACAUGGGGGCCCACACUGUGGUGCUGGACCUGCUGCAGAUCCCCUAUGAGAAGACUGACCAGAAGAUGAAUGAGAUCAUGAACCUGGCUCACGGCUUCCUGCAGAGCUUCUGUAGAGGAAACCCCCAGAACCAAGUUCUCCUCCACAAACACCUCAACCUCUUCCUCACACCAGGGCUCCUGGAGGCCGAGACCAUGCGCUACAUCUUCAUGAACAACUACCACCUGUGCAACGAGAUCAGCGACCGCGUGGUGCACCACUUCGCGCACUGCAUCGAGACGCACGGCCGCCACGUGCAGUACCUGCGCUUCCUGCAGACCGUGGUCAAGGCCGACGGCAAGUACGUGAAGAAGUGCCAGGACAAGGUCAUGACCGAGCUGGUGACCGCGGGCGAGGAGGUGCUGGUCUUCUACAACGACCGGGCCUCCUUCCCGCUGCUCCUGCAGAUGAUGAGCUCGGAGCGGGAGCGGGCCGACGCCAACGGCCCGCUGGCCUACCACAACACGCUGGUGGAGCUGCUCGCCGCCUGCACCGAGGGCAAGAACGUCUACACCGAGCUCAAGUGCAACUCGCUGCUGCCCCUCGACGACAUCGUCAAGGUGGUCACCCACGACGACUGCAUACCCGAGGUGAAGACCGCGUACGUCAACUUCGUGAACCACUGCUACGUGGACACGGAGGUGGAGAUGAAGGAGAUCUACACCAGCAACCACAUCUGGAAGCUCUUUGAGAACUUCCUCAUGGACAUGUCCCGGGUGUGCAACAGCACGACGGACAGGAAGCACGCGGACACCGCGCUGGAGAGAUACGUGACGGAGACCGUCAUGGCCAUCGUCAAAGGGUUCUUCAGCUCCCAGUUCUCGGUCAGCAACUCCACCAGUCUGCAGACCCACCAGCCCAUCUUCAUCCAGCUUCUGCAGUCUGCCUUCAGGAUCUACAACUGCACCUGGAUUACUUCGCCUCAGAAAUCCAACAUCGAGGGCUGCAUCAAGACGCUUGCGGAUGUGGCGAAGAACCGGGCCAUGGCCGUGCCGGUGGACCUGGACAGCCAGGUGAACACGCUGUCCCUGAAGACGCACACCAACAUGGUGCAGCGGGCGGCCAAGGGCUGGCGCAUGACCGCGCGGGCCGGGCCCCGCAAGGAGCCGCUGGGGGCCCCCGACUACAAGAGCAUCAUCGAGAAACAGCAGGGUGUAGUUUCCUGUCUGGAGGAGCAGUUCCAUCCCAAAGUGCAGGCCGAGUUCUCGGUGCUGGUGGACGUCCUGCACAGCCCGGAGCUCCUGUUCCCCGAGGCGGCCCGCUUCCGCUGUGAGAGCGGAGCCUUCAUGUCCAAGCUGAUCAAACACACCAAGAAGCUGAUGGACAAGGAGGAGAAGCUGUGCAUCAAGGUCCUGCAGACGCUGUGCAAGAUGCUGGACAAGAAGGAGACCUUCGAGGAGCCGGGGAACGGUUUAAGGAAGAUCCUCCUCGCGCGAUACUUCAGAAGCCCCCCCAAAUCCGACGGGAACAGCGCCUCCGGAGGAUACUCCAAACCUUCGGGAGGAGGGGGCUCCCCGGGGCCGGAUACGGACCGGUGCGGGCCCUGCACGGCGGACAUCCAGUGCCUGCUGGACAGCGUCGGCGCCUCGGAGCUGGUGGUGGACCUCAUCGUCAGCACCAAGAACGACCGGGUGUUCGAGGAGAGCAUCCUCCUGGGCAUCAGCCUCCUGAAGGGAGGGAACCGGCAGAUCCAGAAUUCCUUUUACCACCAGCUUCAUGACCAGAAGAAGUCGGAGAAGUUCUUCAAGGUUUUCUAUGACCGCAUGAAGCUGGCCCAGCAGGAGAUCCGCUCCACCGUGUCCGUCAACAUGUUCGAGGUGACCUGCAGGAAGAGGGACGAAGACGGGGAGACCACCACCACCCGCUACAAGAAACCAGGGCGAGACUCCGGCCUGCACCUGAAGCAGGACAUGAAGGGCCAGCUCAGGGAGGCCUCUUCCGCCACUUCCAAGGCCUACUCCACCUUCCGCAAGGAGAUCGACCCGGACCUGGACAUGAUUGGCCCCGGUGGAGAGGGGGGCGGGCCGGAGGAGUCGCGAGAGGAAGCCCUGAUGAGUCCGGCCAUCUCCAUAAUGAAGCCCAUCCUGCGCUACCUGCAGCUGCUCUGCGAGAACCACAACCGGGACCUGCAGAAUUUUCUACGGAACCAGAACAACAAGACCAAUUACAACCUAGUGUGUGAGACCCUGCAGUUCCUGGACUGCAUCUGCGGCAGCACCACUGGUGGGCUGGGCCUUCUGGGGCUCUACAUUAACGAGAGGAACGUGGACCUGGUCAAGCAAACCCUCGAGACCAUUACCGAGUACUGCCAAGGACCCUGCCAUGAGAACCAGACCUGCAUCGCCAAGCACGAGUCCAACGGCAUCGACAUCAUCAUCGCCCUCAUCGUGAACCCCAUCAACCCCCUCGGGACGCACCGCAUGGACCUGGUGCUGGUGCUGAAGAACAACGCCUCCAAGCUGCUCCUGGCCAUCAUGGAGAGCCGGCACGACAGCGAGAACGCCGAGAAGAUCCUGUACAAGAUGAGGCCCAACGAGCUGGUGGACGUGAUGAAGGAGGCGUACAACCAGGGCCUGGAGAGCGAGGGGGAGGUCGCAGGAGACGACAUCACGCCCAAAGACGUGGGUCACAACAUCUACAUCCUGGCUCACCAGGUACGCCCCGCCCCGCCCCUUCCUGGGUCACCAGGUAUGCCCCGCCUCAUUCUGGGUCACCAGGUACUCUCCGCCCCACCCUGGGUCACCAGGUACGGCCCGUCCCAUCCUGGGUCACCAGGUACGGCCCGUCCCAUCCUGGGUCACCAGGUACUCUCCGCACCGUCCUGGGUCAGUAGGUACGCUCCGCCCCAUCCUUACUCACCAGGUACGCCCCGCCCCAUCCUGGCUCACCAGGUACGCCCCGCCCCGCCCCAUCCUGGCUCACCAGGUACGCCCCGCCCCAUCCGGGCUCACCAGAGGCAGUGCCGCUCGGCCCCGCAGAUCGUCCGUCGCGACCGCACGAUGGAGAAGAUCGUCUUCCCCGUGCCCAACAUCUGCGAGUACCUGACGCACGAGUCCAAGGUGCGCGUCUUCACCAGCACCGAGCGCGACGAGCAGGGCAGCAAGGUCAACGACUUCUUCCAGCAGUUCGAGGACCUCUACAGCGAGAUGAGGUGGCAGAAGAACAUUCAAAACAACCCGGCUCUCUUCUGGUUCUCCCGGCACAUCUCCCUGUGGGGCAGCAUCUCCUUCAACCUGGCGGUGCUGGUCAACCUGGCGGUGGCGCUCUUCUACCCGUUCGGGGACGACGGCGACGAAGGCACCCUACCUCACCUUGUGUCCAUCCUGCUGUGGGUCGCCGUGGCGAUGUGCUCCACCAUGCUGUUGGUUCUUCGCAAGCCGGCGGGAAUCCGGCCCUUCCUGGUGUCCGUCAUCCUGCGCUCCAUCUACACCCUGGGCCUGGCGUUCACUCUGGUGCUGCUGGGAGCAGCCAAUCUGCUGAACAAGAUGGUGUUUCUGGUGAGCUUCGUGGGGAACCGGGGCACGUUCACGCGCGGCUACAAGGCCGUGGUCAUGGACAUGGCCUUCCUCUACCACGUCAUCUACGUCAUCGUCUGCAUGCUGGGCCUCUUCCUCCACGAGUUCUUCUACAGCUUCCUGCUCCUUGACCUGGUUUACAGAGAGGAGACGCUCCUGAACGUGAUCAAGAGCGUGACGCGGAACGGGCGCUCCAUCAUCCUCACGGCCGUGCUGGCGCUCAUCCUGGUCUACCUCUUCUCCAUCGUGGGCUUCCUCUUCCUCAAGGACGACUUCCGCAUGGAGGUGGACCGGCUGCACUUCCCAGGAGGCCUGAAUCCACCGUGUUCAAAAGAGUUCUGCGAAGACUCCAUACACCUACCUGGCGCAGAGGAGAGCGACGGGACGGAGCCCGUGUGCGAGACCCUGCUCAUGUGCAUCGUGACGGUGCUCAACCAGGGCCUGCGCAACGGCGGCGGCGUCGGGGACGUGCUCCGGAAGCCGUCCAAAGACGAGCCGCUCUUCGCUGCCCGUGUGGUGUACGACCUGCUGUUCUUCUUCAUCGUCAUCAUCAUCGUGCUGAACCUGAUCUUCGGGGUGAUCAUCGACACCUUCGCCGACCUGAGGAGCGAGAAGCAGCGAAAGGAGGAGAUCCUGAGGACCACCUGCUUCAUCUGCGGACUGGAGAGAGACAAGUUUGACAACAAGACGGUGUCCUUCGAGGAGCACAUCAAGUCCGAGCACAACAUGUGGCACUACCUGUACUUCCGGGUCCUGGUGAGGGUGAAGGACCCCACCGAAUACACCGGGCCCGAGAGCUACGUCGCCCAGAUGAUCGAGGAGAAGAACCUGGACUGGUUCCCGCGCAUGCGCGCCAUGUCGCUGGUGAGCAGCGAGGGCGACGGCGAGCAGAACGAGAUCCGCUCGCUGCAGGAGCGGCUGGACGGCACGCUCUCGCUGGUGUCCCUCCUUUCCGCCCAGCUGGCCGAGCUCAAGGAGCAGAUGACGGAACAGAGGAAGAACAAGCAGAGGAUGGGCUUUCUGGGCCCUCCGCAGGUCAACCAUCACAUUUCUGCCCACUGAAGUGCCCCCCCCGCACCCCCCACCCGCCCAGCCACCCCGCCCCCCCAGCCAGGGGAGGCCGUCACCUGGGCAACCGUCCCGGGGGCUUGGACCAGCCGGAAACCAGUCGGGUGAAAGCGGAAUGGAACGGGCGUGGCAGACAGUCCGGAAAGUGCCAAUCAGACUGGGGUUUGGGCGGGACAGGGGCGGGGCGGGGCGGGGUAAGCGGGUGGGAUGCAUGGAGUCAGGAGCCAGCCUCUUUCGGUUUGGUGCUCGCCUUGAAGCCGCUUUUAGUCGCGGCGGGAAGUGAGCCGCGCAAGCUCAGGCGUCGCGGCGCCUGCCGACAGUGGCGGCACGCCACCUUCCUUCGGCCUGGAAGGCUAACGCGUUCCACGUCAAACGACCCCUU